UCUCGUCAAGGGCGUUCGGAAGCCAAUCGUCGCGCGGCCAACGUGAUCUCCCACGGACACACAUUCACUGCUUCGAUCCUAUUGGACAGAAUCGGGAGACCCCAGUUCGCCGCCACGUGCCGUGAUUGGCCGGGCGCUCUGUCCCUCCGGGACGUAUCGGGGAGGUGUGUGGCGCAGGAGGAUUUUCCCUGUUGUCGUCUGCCCAACUCGAGCCCAUCAUGGCGGAGUUUGCGGGACUGGAUGGGAACGAUGCUGCAGGAGAGAAGGCGGUGGCGGCGGCUGCUGGCGAGUCCACUGCUGUGGAGGAGAGAGGAGAGGCCGGAACCCGGAUGGAGGCUGCAGAGAGCGAGGAUGAGGAGGACGUGUUCGAGGUGGAGAGCAUUCUGGACGCCAAGAUAGAAGGGGGAAAAGUGUUUUACCAAGUCCGCUGGAAGGGAUAUGAUUCAAGUGGUGACACCUGGGAGCCGGAGGCCCAUCUUGAAGACUGUAAAGAAGUUCUUCUUGAGUUCAGGAGAAAACAAGCAGAAAGCAAACAGAAAGCUGCUAAGAAGGAAUCGCCGCCCAAAUUGUCUCCUGGGGAUCUUUUUGAGGCCGAAUCUGACAGUGACUCAAAAGAGGAAACCCCACAGAAAAAGAAAAAGAAAUCUAAUCAGGAGGAAGAUGACGACAAGCUGCAAGAGGAGUUGAAAAAGAAAAAAUCUAAAUCUGGAAAAUCCAAGGAAAAGUCCAAGCCUGAGGGGGAACCAGAGAGCCAGUCUACUGAAUCCAAACCAAAAAAAAGACUGUCGGAAAGCAAAGAGGAUCUGAGCAGCAAGAAACCUAAGAAGGAUGACAUCAAGGACUCUAAAAAGUCCAAGAAGGAAGAAGCCAAGGACACUAAAUUAAAAGUGAAAGAGGACCCGAAAGAAAAGAAACCCAAAAAAUCAUUGGAAUUAGAGCUGUCUAAGGAAGAAACAUUGCCUGUAGAACCGGAGGCAGAGACUGUUAGUGUAACCAGCGAUGUUCUUUCAGAAGACCGAGACAAAGUGGGUCAGGAUGAAGAUCUCGGAAAUCCAGAAGCCACCCCUCCAUAUGAAGCAGAGGAGCUCUCUUUUGGGGGUCCUUUUGAAGAGGAAAUGGAUGAAGCGAAACUGAAAAAAAAGAAAAAGAAGCAUAAAAAGAAAAAUGACUCUAAGCCCAUGUUGGUGGAACUUGGCCAGCAGGAUAAGAAAAGCCUGGUGAAAAAGCAAAAAUCCGUUGAAAAGUUAAAAGAAGCUCUGGCUGCGGAAAACCUGCCAGUUUCAGUUCCAGUUCCAGUUCUGAAGAGGCCUAGUACUGAUGACAAAGUUAGGAAAUCGGUGGACUCCUUGGUAGAAAAUAAGGAAACCAAGAAAGCUGAAUUGGUCAAGGAAAAGCCCAAGAAAAAGCAUGAGUCUGAGAAAGAAGCAAAGAAGGAGAUAAAAGUGCUAAAGACUCUCAAGGAACAGAAACAUGUGCAUGACGCCUUCUCCGUUUCUGCUGAAGAUCGAGCAGAAUGUAUGGACAGCAUUAGAAAGGAACAAGAGUUUUUUGAUGUUCGACCUUUAGAAGAAUACAAACCAAAAGAAAUAAAGCCAGCCUUUAAAGAGAGAAGAUCUACGCAAGAAGAGACCGAUUCAUGGACAUAUGGAGCUUCUGAAGGGGAUCAAGAGGUUAUGGACACAGUGUAUCGCUUGCAGGAAAACUCUGAGAACAAGGCCCAAGUAGCUGGGAUGGCAGUGGAUUUACAGUUGGAAUGGAUGACGUUGGAGGACUUUCAGAGGCAUCUUGAUGGAGCUGAUGAAAUAAUCCCAAAGGAUCCUAUCCCUAAUAGUGCAUUGAAAGAGGCUGUCAAAAAUGGUGACUACUUAACUGUAAAAUAUGCACUUAAUUCCAAAGAAGAGUACAACUUGGAUCAAGAGGACUCCAGUGGGAUGACUCUGGUGAUGAUGGCUGCAGCUGCUGGACAGGAUGACAUUCUCCGUCUUCUGAUCAGGAAAGGAGCCAAGCUCAAUGCCAGGCAAAAAAAUGGAACCACUGCGCUGAUUCAUGCUGCUGAAAAGAAUUAUCUGACAACUGUUUCCAUCCUGCUGGAAGCUGGAGCUUUUGUGAAUUUACAGCAAGCGACUGGGGAAACAGCCCUGAUGAAGGCAUGUAAGAGAGGGAAUUAUGAUAUUGUGCGACUCUUGAUAGAACAAGGUGCCGACUGUAAUGUGCUGUCAAAGCACCAGGGCAAUGCUUUACAGUUUGCUAAACAGAGCAAUAAUGUGUUGCUAUUUGAAUUAAUUAAUGGCCAUUUGGAAAAACUUUCCAAAGUGGUGGAAGAUGCAAUAAAAGAUUAUUUUGAGACACGGCUUUCUUUGCUUGAACCCAUCUUCCCCAUUGCCUGCCACAGGCUCGGCGAGGGACCAGACUUUUCUCUGGACUUCAGCUACAAACCCCCAUAUAAUAUUCCUGAAGAAUCUGGAAUACUCCUGUUUGUUUUUCAUGCAAACUUCUUUGGUAAAGAAGUGGUGGUUCGAUUAUCUGGACCAUGUAGUGUCCAGGCUGUGGUAUUAAAUGACAAGUUCCAGCUUCCUGUAUUUUUGGAUGCUCAUUUUAUUUACUCCUUUAGUCCCGUUUCUGGCCCAAACAAACUUUUUAUUAGACUCUCCGAGGUACCAACUGCAAAGGUAAAGCUACUGAUUACUGCAUACAGAGUACAACUCCAUUAGUGGAUGACAUCUUCACAAUAUUGUUCAGUGCUCCUCCUUGUACAUAAUGUGGAAAUGGACAGACCCACCUGAAAAAUCCAUAUGUUUUUAUUAGAUGUGACAUGUACAGUAUUUUAUUUUGACAAGUCAUUCCUGGCACUUGAUCUGUGUUGUGGUGUUGGGAUACGCUUUAGUUUCAAGAAGGUAUAUGUGACAGUAUGUCAUUCCUGAUAUCCAUUUGCUACAGAAAUGUUCCUUACUUGUACAGAUCAUCUUGGAUCUCCUGUAGUGGAUGUCGAGGUCCCCCCACCCAGUCUUUGUCCUGCUCAAUUGAUUAUAUAUAUAAUGCUAGUUGACCUUCUCUAAAACACAAUGUCAUUCUUGGGCUUUUUGCUACACCACCUUGACAUUGGGAAGUAUUUUUCUCCUACCAAAGCCCAGGGCUCUAGUGUAUAUUUGUAAUGUUGGAAAUGGACGUUUAAGUAGACCAAGAUGUCUUGUUUUGGCCCUUUAUCAAUUUUUAUGUUAAGGAAAAAAUUAUUUCCACAAUGUGGAAUCCUAGUAGUAAUAUUUUACAGCUUGCUAUCUUAUAUACUAUUUAGAAUAAUAUUUAAUGUUCAUGGCUGCUUAAAAAGUAAACCUUUAUUUUUCAUUAAAAGUGAUGAACAAUCACUGUGUUACUUUUUACUGUUACAAAAAAGGAAAAUGAGGUUCUAUCCUUCUGCACUCUAAAAGACACAGUAGUCAUUUGGCUGCAAGUUUUGUACUGACUGUAGACAAACAAUUGGAUGAGAGUCAAUCACAUUUCAACCAAUUCAUGCAGAAUGUGAUGAAUUGAAGAAUCCACAGGCUGUAUAGAAUUUUUAUAAUUUGAAGGUUUGCAAAUAUUUUUUCUGAUUGCACAAAAUUAAAAAAGUUUUGUUUAAAAUUAAAUAUUUAGCUUGCUCCAGCAGAUCAAGUUACACUUGUGAAUAUCCCAUAGUAUAUAUUUUUGUAUACUAGCAUAUAGGCAACUCUUUGUGAUUUAAACUCCAGAUGAAGAAAAGUUUUGUAUUUGUUUUUUUAGGGGCAUAUUAAUCUGGUUGCUAUGAACUGAAAACCUAUCAAUAUUUUUUUUUUGCUGGUAUUUAUAUAUCUGCCCCAUUGUGCUUGGUACAGUGCUUUUGAAAAUCCUUUAAAAUGCAUGACUUACAUUUUUAUAAUUCUGUAAAUUGGUUUAUAAAAACAUUAAUACUGUGCUUUGGUUGAACUUUAAAAUUAUUAUUUAUGCCCUUGCAAGAGUUCCCCUUUUUAGGUUUUUGGGAUCAUGCCCAGUAUUUGUACCUUUCGCCUAAAUUAUACAAAUGUUAAAGGUGACCCCUCAUGUGCAUCCUUUUUUGCCACAAAUGCUUUUCUGCCUAUACUUUUUUUAAUAAAAAAAGACUCUUGGAAGGAU